CCUCCUCCAGCUUGCCCCGAGAGUUCCCAAGAGCAGGGCUGCCACCGCCACCAGCACCCCGGAGGACAACAGGGGUCCGAAGGGGGGGGGACGCUGCCGGCAAGGGAGGGACCAGGGACAGCGGCUCUCCUCUCCGGCCAGUCCAGCAGCCGGGGACAGAUGCCCAUCGAGAUCGUGUGCAAAAUCAAAUUUGCCGAGGAGGAUGCGAAGCCCAAGGAGAAGGAGGCGGGGGAUGAGCAGAGCCUCCUGGGUGCAGCCAGGGGUACCCCGGGCCCCCAGGACCUGGCCUCUUUCGCCAGCACCAGCACCCUGCACGGACUGGGUCGGGCCUGCGGGCCGGGCCCCCUGGGGCCGCGCCGGAGCCUGUGGGUACUGGCCCUGCUGGGCUCGAUGGCCGCCCUCCUGUACCAGGCAGCCGGGCUGGCCCGCGGCUACCUGAGCUGGCCGCACCUGCUGGCCCUGGGCCCCGCAGCCCCUGCGCCCGCCGCCGGCUUCCCGGCCGUCACCCUUUGCAACAUCAACCGCUUCCGGCACUCGGCGCUCAGUGACGCUGACAUCUUCCACCUGGCCAACCUGACCGGGCUGCCCCCCAAGGACCGCGAUGGCCACCGUGCCGCCGGCCUGCGUUACCCCGAGCCUGACAUGGUGGACAUCCUCAACCGUACCGGCCACCAGCUGGUCGACAUGCUCAAGAGUUGUAACUUCAGUGGCCACCGCUGCUCCGCCAGCAACUUCUCCGUGGUCUACACUCGCUAUGGCAAGUGCUACACCUUCAACGCGGACCCGCAGAGCUCGCUGCCCAGCCGGGCGGGGGGUAUGGGCAGCGGCCUGGAGAUCAUGCUGGACAUCCAGCAGGAGGAAUACCUGCCCAUCUGGAGAGAGACGAAUGAGACGUCGUUCGAGGCAGGCAUCCGGGUGCAGAUCCACAGCCAGGAGGAGCCCCCCUACAUCCACCAGCUGGGCUUCGGUGUGUCCCCGGGCUUCCAGACCUUCGUGUCCUGCCAGGAGCAGCGGCUCACUUACCUGCCCCAGCCCUGGGGCAACUGCCGGGCAGAGAGCGGGCAGCGGGAGCCGGAGCUGCAGGGCUACGCGGCCUACAGCGUGUCUGCCUGCCGCCUGCGCUGCGAGAAGGAGGCGGUGCUGCAGCGCUGCCGCUGCCGGAUGGUGCACAUGCCAGGCAAUGAGACCAUCUGUCCGCCAAAUAUCUACAUCGAGUGUGCUGACCACACACUGGAUUCUCUGGGCGGGGGCUCCGGAGGCCCGUGUUUCUGCCCGACCCCCUGCAACCUGACUCGCUAUGGGAAGGAGAUCUCCAUGGUCAGGAUUCCCAACCGGGGUUCUGCCCGGUACCUGGCCAGGAAGUACAACCGCAACGAGACCUACAUCCGGGAGAACUUCCUAGUCCUGGAUGUCUUUUUUGAAGCCCUGACCUCAGAGGCCGUGGAGCAGCGCGCAGCUUAUGGGCUGUCAGCCCUGCUGGGAGACCUCGGGGGACACAUGGGCCUGUUCGUGGGGGCCAGUCUCCUGACGCUGCUGGAGGUCCUGGACUACAUCUACGAGGUGUCCUGGGAUCGACUGAAACGGGCGUGGCGUCGCCCCAAGACCCCCCUGAGGACCUCCACUGGGGGCAUCUCCACUUUGGGACUGCAGGAGCUGAAGGAGCAGAGUCCCUGCCCCAGUCGGAGCCGAGCUGAAGGUGGGGGGGGCAUCAGCCUGCUCCCCAACCACCACCACCCACAAGGUCCCCCGGGAGGCCUCUUUGAAGACUUUGCUUGCUAGAACGACCCAGGAACCCCUCUCUACCCCCAGUCCCCUGCUCCAGGGACAGAAGGCCUGGGGGUAGCGUAAGGCAGAGGGGGGGGAAGGCAGUGCUACCCUGAGCGCUGGGGACUCUGCUCUUGCUCCC